AAGGGCUCCGUUCUCAUGGGCAAGCCGGCACUCCACGAGAGCGGAGCGCGCCGACAGUACCACGACUGCGUCCGCGGGAAGAACGACUUUUCGCGCUCUCUAAAACGCGAACGAAAGGUGCCUUGUACUCCUGAUUAGAGAGGACAAUUCAACGCGCAGACAGUGCAACACGAUCGAAACUUGUUGAUUCUGCCAUCGCCACGGGAUCGUGAUAAUAUUCGAACCGCAGUGGGAUAAAAGACGGUGACGACAUGGCGCACCCAAAAAAAUUCAAGAAGUGUAUGUCAGAGAACAUGCUAACGAUGCUGACGGUGGCCGGCGUUUUGGGCGGUGUUGUUCUCGGCUUCAUUUUGAGAAACUCCAGGGACGAGCCGUGGACAAAACGCGAGAUUAUGUACAUCCAGUUUCCGGGAGACAUUUUUCUUAGAAUGCUGAAGGCUCUCAUACUACCGUUGAUUGUCGCUAGCAUUGUCAGCGCUAUCGGAGGAUUAGAUCUCGGUCUAUCGGGGAGGAUAGGUGUACGAUCGAUUUAUUAUUAUGCAUCGACAACCAUAUCCGCCGUAGUCCUUGGAAUAAUACUCGUGUUAAUUAUUAAACCUGGCGAGCUCAGCUCGCACACUUUAACUACAAAUGAAUCUGUAAAACCACCUAGGAAUGUUACUACCGUUGAUACUCUGCUAGAUCUAGUCAGAAAUGUGUUUCCCCCCAAUCUUGUACAGGCCUGCAUUGCCCAAUACCGAACAAUCUUAAUCAGGCCAGAGAAUGAAACAAAUACUACCACUUUACAAGAUUGGGAAAUAUCCUCCAGCUAUGGGGAUGGUACAAAUACUCUGGGCUUGGUAGUUUUUGGAAUUGUGUUCGGUAUAGCCAUUAGCAAAAUGGGAGAGGCCGGCAAGCCUCUGUUAACUUUCUUUGAUACUCUAGCCGAAGCAUCUAUGCUGAUUACUAAAUGGGUUAUAUGGAUCUCCCCGAUCGGUGUUCUCUUCCUUGUUACCUCAAAACUCUUAGAAAUUGAAGAUAUCGGUGCCAUUGUCGGACAAUUAGGUUUAUACUUCGUCACAGUAUUAUUAGGCUUGAUUAUUCAUGGUUGCGGUACUCUUUCCAUCAUAUUCUUCAUUUGUACCAGAGAAUUGCCAUUCAGGCUGCUCGCGAAAAUGGGCCAAGUUUUGGCUACUGCGUUUGGUACUUCGUCUAGCACUGCUACCCUCCCAGUAACGAUACAGUGUUUAGAUAACAUUGGUGUAGACCCUAGAAUCACAAGAUUCGUUGUACCGAUUGGUGCUACUAUUAAUAUGGACGGAACUGCAUUAUACGAAGCUGUGGCUGCCAUAUUUAUAGCUCAAGUUAGAAAUGUUUCAUUGUCUAUGGGAAAUGUAAUUGGUAUCAGUAUAACUGCUACCGCGGCGAGUAUAGGAGCUGCUGGUAUUCCACAAGCUGGUCUUGUUACGAUGGUUAUGGUUUUGGACACUGUAGGUCUGCCUGCAGAAGAUGUAACACUCAUUAUUGCGGUCGAUUGGCUCUUGGACCGUUUCCGGACAACAAUAAACGUUGUAUGCGACGCGCUCGGAGCUUAUGUUGUCGAACAUAUGAGCAAAAAAGAACUUGAAGCGAAUGUCACUCUACCAGAAGAAACAAUUGAAUUAGCGAGAGUAAGGAAAGUUGAGGCAUAAAUUGUCUCAACCUUUCCUUUUAUUAAAAUUUUGCCAUGAUAUUACGUAAACACAAUUUUACUGUGUUUAUAUCUUUUUUGUAUACUUUAUAGUCAAUUAUUUGUACUAAUGUAUACUCAUCCUGGGUGCAAAUCUUAUUUUACAAAGUAAUCUAUAUAUACACUUAUAUAAUUGCCAGAUGUUAUUAGCAGGAUACUUACUUAGAAUUUUAAAGAAAUAUGAUAAAGCAUAAAUUCGACUUCUCAUGAAUGUAUUAAAUACAUUGUUUUUGUUUGCUAUUGUUAUGAUAUUUAUGACAGUUAUUCUUAUGUUCUCAUAUGUGAGAUCAGAAUACAAUAUAACUUGUAAUGUUAAAACAUUCCACAUAUUUAUUGAGUACAGCAAGUAUAAAACAUUAUUUUCAACA